AUGACGGCCGCCGAGGUCGAGUCGCAGCCCGACGCCGCCGCCGGCACCGGGGCAGAAGACGCCGGCGCGGCGGCGUGGAACGAGGCCCUCAACAAGGAGCUGCAAGAGGGCUUCACCGGCAACGACCGACGAGACAUGCAGCGCAUGGGCAAGAAGCAGCAAUUCCGCCGAAACUUUCGGCUCCUGUCCACCAUCGGCUUCACGACCUGCGUCAUGGGCACCUGGGAAAUUCUCCUCACCUCCAACACGCAGGGCCUCACGGCCGGCGGCCUGCCCGGCCUGUUCUGGUCCCUGUGCUGGUCGUACACCGGGCAGUUCUUCAUCGUGCUGUCGCUCGCCGAGAUGGCGUCGAUGGCGCCGACGGCCGGCGGCCAGUACCACUGGGUGUCCGAGUUUGCGCCGCCGCGGCACCAGAAGCUCCUGAGCUACCUCUCCGGCUGGCUCUCUGCCGUGUCGUGGCAGUCCAUUGUCGCGCUCGACGCCUUCCUGAUCGGCUCCAUCAUCCAGGGCCUCAUCACGCUCAACAACGCGGCCUACACCCCGGCGCCGUGGCAGGGCACCCUCCUCGUCAUGGCCUCUGUCCUCGCCGUUGCGCUCUUCAACGUGUUCGGCGCCGCGCACCUGCCGCUCGCCGAAGGCCUGUUCGUGACGGUGCACAUUUUUGCCUUUUUCCCCGUCAUUGUCACCCUGCUCGUGCUGGCGCCCAAGCAGCCCGCCGCCGCCGUCUUUGCCGGCUUCACCGACAACGGCGCCGGCUGGCCGUCCGUCUCGCUCGCCGUCAUGGUCGGCCAGGUCUCGACUAUGUUUGUCGUGCUCGGGUCCGACUCGGUCGCCCACAUGUCCGAGGAGAUUGAGGACGCGGGCGUCAUUGUGCCGCGCGCCAUGGUCUGGUCGUUUCUGCUCAACGUGCCCUUUACGUUUGGGCUGCUGCUGACGUACCUCUUUUCGAUUGGCAAUGUGCAGGAGGCGCUGAGUGACAGGACGGGCUUUCCCUUCAUCUAUGUGUUUCGGGAGGCGACGGGCAGUGUGCGUGGCGCGACGGGACUCACGGUCGUGGUGCUCGUGCUGCUCAUCAUGGUCACGAUUUCGAGUCUGGCGUCGACGUCGCGCCAGACGUUUGCCUUUGCCCGCGAUAAUGGCCUUCCAUUCUCGAAAUGGCUUGGUGCUGUUCACCCGACAUGGCAUGUCCCUGUCAAUGCCGUCACCUUUACCUGCAUCUUCAGUAUGGUGCUUUCGCUCAUCAACAUUGGGUCAACGGUUGCCUUCAACGCCAUGCUCUCCCUCUCUACAGUGGCCCUCAUGGCUACCUACGUCAUCUGCCUCGGCUGCGUCGCCUUAAGGCGUCUUCACGGCGAGCCGCUCCCUCAUGCGCGCUGGUCACUUGGCAGAUGGGGCCUUCCCAUUAACUGUACCGCCCUCGUCUACGCCUGCUGGUCCUUUUUCUGGAGUUUCUGGCCCAACAGUUACCACCUCACUGCGCAAAACUUCAAUUGGGCCUGCGUUCUUUUCGUUGGGCUCAUGAGUUUAUCAGUGGUCCUCUACUAUACUCGUGCUCGCCACAUUUAUCAAGGUCCGGUGGUUCUUGUUCAGAAACCGAGAGACUAA